AUGAAUCGAGAGCAGAUUUCUAGUGCCAGCGAAGGCCGGUGGCUAUCUCAAAGGGAUGCCUUUGCCACAGAGAAUGUGGAAUGGGAAGAGUUUUAUCGCAAUAACAGAAGCCAAGUUCCUCAUCUGACUGGCUCAGUACAGAAAAAUCGUCAAACAAUGCGCGAGGCAAAAACGCGUGCACAACAACAUGGAACGCCAAUAAAUGAAGGACUUAAAGUUGAUAACUUAAGUACAGACUCUUCGUCGAGAUUGAGAUUGAGAAUAUACAAGCCACUGUCGCCUGAAGCAAAUGGGGCCGUCAUGAUCUACUUCCAUGGAGGGGGCUGGGCCUUGGGAGAUCUGGAAGGAGAAGACAAUAUCUGUCGGGUUCUUUGUGUGCAAGUCAUGCUGAAUGUGGUCAGCGUUGACUAUCGCCUUGCACCAGAGAAUCCGCAUCCAGCAGCUAUUCAAGAUGCGAUCACAGCACUUCGUUGGGUAUGCCAAAACAAUCUGACCCAUGGACUCGAUAAGAGUAAGAUUUACGUUGGGGGGACUAGUGCUGGGGCAAACUUGGCUGCUGUACUGUCCCAACUAUCCCCGACUUUGGGAGUCGAUAUCCGGGGUCAGCUCCUUCGGUCUCCAGUCUUAUGCUCUAGUGAGCUGCAUUACCAGAGAAUGGGACUGAAAAGUAUGGAACAAUUCGUUGAUACACCAAUCCUCAAUCAGCGCUCAAUGAAGCAAUUCAUUGAGUGGUAUCUGCCUUAUGACCGGGCAGAUCCUACGGUAUCUCCACUAUUGUCCCGGAACCUUGGUAGAUGUCCGCCAUCUUUCAUCAUGAUAUGUGGCCGUGACCCGCUCCGCGACGAGGCCCUAGCUUAUGCGGACAAACUUGAAGAAAGGGGGUAUAUCACCUCUUUUAAAAUCAUACCAGUGCGGGUUGCUGUCUACCCGGGAAUGCCCCACGCAUUCUGGAUAUUCCCCGAACUGACCACGACGAAGACUGCUACACAGGACAUGAUACAUGGUGCCAGAUGGCUCAUAUCGGAGAUUUGCAGUACAUAA